AGGCGAGGCCCCUUCCGCUGCGGUGCUGGGCCCCGGCUCCUCUGCCGGGCACAUCCUGCCUCCCGAGGGGGUCCAGGGGGCUUUGUGCUUGCCCCCCCAUCCCUCCCCUUUGGGGUUGGGGGUCCUGGGUCAUGGCAGGGAGCCACGUCCUCCGUGGCGGAGGGGGGUGAGGGGCUGCGGGGAGGUGGGGAGGAGGCCACACUUGUGUCUGGGGGUGCUGGGGGCCACGGAGAGGUGCCUGCAGGGCCCGGCAGAGGAGGGAGGGCGCGGGGAGCUGCGUGGAAGCGGGGGUUUUGCAGCCAGCCAGAGUUGGGGAAAGCGGGUGGGUGUCGGGGGCCGGGCAGAUCUUGGGGCUGGGGCAGUGCUUCUCCCAUGGCACGGGAACGCCUGGGCCCUCUCCUUUCCCACAGAUGAGCCAGACGCUGCGGAGGUGGGGGGAGAGCGAGACCGUGGACCCCAGGCUGUGGUGAGGUCUCUCCCCUUGGAGAAAAAGGGGCUGCGGCGACAGCGCCGGAGGAGCAGGACGCGGCAGGUUGUGGAAGGGGCAGGAGAAGCCCCAUGUCAUCCAGGCGAGGUGGGGCAGGCGCCCACCCUGGCGGUCUGCAAAAGGAGGCUGGACAAGCACCUGGCUGGGGGCGUCUGGCCCCCACGCUCUUUCCUGCCCAGGGCGGGGGGUCGGACUCGAUCUGCUGAGGUCCCUUCUGACCCGAACAUCUCUGCAUCUAUGACCCCAGCAGUCUUUCCUGCCCACGAGCCCUAAACUGCUGUGAAUCUGUGUGGUCAGUACCACAGCAAGUAAAGCAGCAGCUGCAGGAGCUGGUCCAACACCGGGAGAUCCCCGGGCAGGAGGGGAAGCAGGCCAUGGAGACCCGCUCUGUGGCCGAGCUGUCUUCGGCGACCCCACAGCCGGCACCAGGGGACAACGUCCUCACCCUGGAGAAGUGGCGCCGGCGCUUCCGGGGCCUCCCCUUCCAGGAGGACAAGGCACCGUGGGAGGUGUGCAGCUGCCUGCGGGAGCUGUGCCGGGGCUGGCUGGAGCCCCAGCACCGCAGCAAGGAGCAGAUGCUGGAGCUGGUGGUGCUGGAGCAGUUCCUGGCCGUCCUGCCCCGGGAGAUGCAGAGCUGGGUGCGGGGGCGCGGCGUGGAGACCUGCGCCGAGGCGGUGACUCUGGCCGAGGGGUUUCGGCUGGAGCCGACAGAGGACAAGAAGCUCCAGGUGCCAGUAAAUGUGAUGGUGGAGGAGGUGUCUUCAGACGAGGUGCAGGAACCUGUUGAUUGCAAUGGGGAGCAGCCGAAGACCCAUUCUGCAGACAUGCCUUUGGAGGAGGCAGGACAGACGGAAACGCUAGGACCUCAGGACAAGCCACCUCUUGUCCUUGAGGAGCUGCUGCACCGCCAGGAGUCAGCCAUAGGUGAUGCGUGGGGGAGCCCAUGCCCCCCCUGAAAUUGGCUGCCACCAGCUUCUGCGGGUGGUCCCCGCUCGCCGACACUGAUGGCCACGGGCAGUCCCCGCUUGCCGCUGCGGUGCCAGUCU